GGUGUGAUAAUUUUAAAAACCUGUGGUCUGCAUAGAAGUAUUUGAACACAAGCCAAACGAGAUCUGACCAGUUUCCCAGUCUAACCACUAUUCCAAUUUCCAGCACCCCCCGCGAGAUCUAACAUACGGUGGAGGAGAAUAUUCUCUGUUGCAGAUAUUUUGCUUUAUCAGACAGUAGCAUUGUGAGUUCUGUGAUAAAAGACCCGUCUGUAUAUAAUUGAUAUGGUCUAUCACUCCAGUUUUGUUGAUGAAGAAGGAAUUAAUAAAGCAUGUGGUUGCCCUCUACUUCCCCUUAAAAGCCACAUAAAAGGACCUGCACCAGUUUUAGAACAAGAUAGCACUGAUAUUGUUGAUGAAGCAAUCACAUUCUUCCGUGCAAAUGUUUUCUUUAGAAACUUUGACAUCCAAAGCUCAGCUGAUAAGCUUCUUAUCUAUUUAACAUUCUACAUAAAUAUUGCAUUAAAGAGGCUAGAAGGCUGUAGAACUUUGGCCGAGGGAACCAAAGUAGUUAUUAAUCUUGGUCUGGAAGAUGUUCCCGUACCUGGAGAGUCUGGAUUCCCGUUUCCAGGGCUAUUUGCUCUUCCACAAUCACUAAGAGAAGCAGAGCUCUUCAGAAAUUAUUUGAAGCAAAUACGGGAAGAAACGAGUGGAAGAUUAUUGAGCGUAGCAUAUCGACCCAAUGGGACACCCAACAAAUGGUGGUUGGCAUUUGCAAAGAGGAAGUUUAUGAACAUUAUUGUACCUUGAAAUAUACAUGUUAAUGAUGCUACUUCAAGCGUUAAUAUCGUGGCACGUUUGAUCUCGUACAUUCGGAAAUAAUGGAUAGGAAUAAACAAGAGAGAGUUGUAAGAUGUUUGUGCCUUGGUCAACGUCUCAUGUUCUAGAAAGUUCUUUAGUUGAUACACUAUGUUCAACAAACUUCGUCGGAACAAGUGUGGUACAAAACAGAUUGUACUCAUUAACUCGUCAUUGUUUUGUAAUAUUUUGUAGCUGCUGUUUAACUUGCUUUGGUAGUAUGAAUAUGAAGUUUGUUAGCGAACAAA